UAUCAGUAUCGAUUAGUUAGAGUCGUUAACUCGUUAUCCACCAACCAAUUCGCUUCACCGUCACAUCCACUUCCUCGUCGAAAGCCUCCGGUCCACCAACUAUGCCGGCGGCCAUGGCGGCUGCGGCGGCGCAGAGGCUCCUCGCGGCGAGCACGAAAAUCAUCGGCGUUGGGCGCAACUACGUAGCCCACGCCAAGGAGCUCGGCAACCCGGUCCCAAAGGAGCCCGUCCUGUUCCUGAAGCCGACCUCGUCGUUCCUCCAUGCUGGAGUUGCCACCGCCGCCGUGGAGAUCCCGGAGCCGCUCGAGUCGCUGCACCACGAGGUAGAGCUCGCCGUCGUCAUCUCCCAGCGCGGGCGCGACGUUCCUGAGGCGUCCGCCAUGGACUUCGUCGGAGGUUAUGCACUUGCUUUGGACAUGACAGCAAGGGACCUUCAAUCUGUUGCUAAGUCUGCAGGCCUUCCAUGGACUUUGGCUAAAGGACAAGACACCUUCACUCCAAUUAGUGCAGUAGUUCCAAAAUCGGCUGUCACUAAUCCCGAUGAUCUCGAGCUCUGGCUAAAGGUAGAUGAUGAACUAAGGCAGAAAGGACCGACAAGUGACAUGCUAUUCAAGAUUCCUUUUCUGAUCAGCUAUAUCAGUUCCUUCAUGACAUUAAUGGAGGGUGAUGUGAUACUAACAGGUACCCCUGAGGGUGUGGGUCCUGUCCGAGUAGGUCAGAAGAUCACAGCUGGUGUAACUGACCUAAUUGAUGUCGAGUUUGAUGUUCAGAGGCGCAAUCGGUCAUUUUCCACAUGAUGCAAUAAGCAAGAAAGUAAUGGUGAAUACAAAGCGCAGUCCUCCACCGUGAAUCGCUUUCCUGGACCUGGAGCAAUUGCAGAUAGCUGUUGAGCCUUAUUCUUGAUUUAGUUUACCCGGGUCCGGGGAGACUAUCUAUGAAUAUGCUAACUCGUUCCUGAAGUAUCUUUUCUCCCAGAUGAUUGAUGGAGCUUUAAGCUCGCUUUCUGCAUGCAACAAAAAAAUAUAUAUAUCCCAUUUUUUCUCUACCCUGCUUUGAGAAUACUGCAGCAGCGAUUUGAAACAGCUGUGCUGUGCACUGCCGAUGAAAUACACUGAAACGAGUGCGUGUCUUGCAGCGCAGAACAAAUAAGGUUUUACUUUUACAAGUGUUCACAA